CAUCCUCGUCCAACUACUACUCGGCGUUUUUCGAUUAUCACCUCUCUUUAUUUUCUCGUGUUUUUGGCGCAAUUUAUUGUUUUUUUUUUUCCCAUUAAUAUUUCCUGUGUGCUGCACAUCGUUUUAAUCUAGCGCGCGUCCUAUUCGUUUCCCUACGAUCUCGGUGAAAUCAUCCGGUACCGCAGCGAAAAACGUCUGCGUAGCCAUACGACUAAUCCAGACGAUUGCAGUGUGCGCGUCUAUAGUGAACCGACUACCGGCGGCGACUAUAACAACAAUGGGUGACAAGGAAGCUGACACUUUUGACGAGGCAGUUGAGGAACGCGUCAUCAACGAAGAGUACAAAAUAUGGAAGAAGAAUACACCAUUCUUGUACGACUUGGUCAUGACGCACGCACUCGAAUGGCCGUCAUUGACUGCCCAGUGGCUGCCAGACGUUACUCGUCCUGAAGGUAAAGAAUAUUCCAUUCAUCGUUUAAUACUUGGUACUCAUACUUCAGAUGAACAAAAUCAUUUAUUAAUUGCAAGUGUACAGUUACCAAAUGAAGACGCUCAAUUUGAUUCUUCUCAUUAUGAUGGUGAAAAACAAGAAUAUGGUGGAUUUGGUUCAGUAAGUGGUAAAAUCGAAAUUGAAAUCAAAAUAAAUCAUGAAGGUGAAGUAAAUCGUGCUCGUUACAUGCCUCAAAAUCCGUGUGUAAUUGCUACUAAAACUCCUUCUAGUGAUGUAUUAGUAUUUGAUUAUACUAAACAUCCAUCUAAGCCUGAUCCUAAUGGCGAAUGUCAACCAGAUUUAAGAUUACGAGGUCAUCAAAAAGAAGGCUAUGGCUUAUCAUGGAAUCCCAAUUUAAAUGGUUAUUUGUUAAGUGCUUCUGAUGAUCAUACAAUUUGUUUAUGGGAUAUCAAUGCUACUCCUAAAGAACAUAGAGUUGUAGAAGCUAAAACUAUAUUUACUGGGCACACUGCUGUUGUUGAAGAUGUUGCAUGGCAUUUAUUGCACGAAUCAUUGUUUGGAUCUGUUGCUGAUGACCAAAAACUAAUGAUAUGGGAUACACGUGCUAACAACACUAGCAAACCAUCACAUACUGUUGAUGCUCAUACUGCUGAAGUAAACUGUUUAUCAUUUAAUCCAUAUUCAGAAUUUAUUUUAGCCACUGGAAGUGCUGAUAAAACUGUAGCCUUAUGGGAUUUAAGAAAUCUUAAAUUAAAAUUGCAUUCAUUUGAAUCGCAUAAAGAUGAAAUAUUCCAAGUACAAUGGUCACCACAUAAUGAGACUAUUCUAGCAUCAAGCGGUACAGAUAGACGUUUACAUGUCUGGGAUUUAAGUAAAAUUGGUGAAGAGCAAUCGCCUGAAGAUGCUGAUGAUGGUCCACCUGAACUCUUGUUCAUCCACGGUGGUCAUACUGCUAAAAUAUCUGACUUUUCUUGGAAUCCUAAUGAACCAUGGGUCAUAUGUUCAGUAUCUGAAGACAAUAUUAUGCAGGUGUGGCAAAUGGCUGAAAAUAUUUAUAAUGAUGAAGAACCAGAUGCUAGUAGCCCUGAAGUAGAUACACCUGUUCCUUAAAUUCUCUUUUUGUGGUUAUUAAUUUUGUCAAAAUUUAUUGUAAGCGUAUUAUGUAUGGUUUUUUUUUCUUAUUUAAAAGGUUAAGUUUUCAAAAUGUAAAUAUAUGUGCACCAAGUAUAUUUAAUAUUAUAUUCACUCUAUUCAUCCCGCCUUGUAAUUUGUACUAUAUAAUAUAUUAUCUAUUUUACAUUCAAAUAAUUUUUAUAU